GCCGAUCCCAAUGAACUGCCGUUGAAUGCUGCUGACCUGAGACGUGGUGAGCUGUUCCUCUGGCGAUAUACUCCGAAUUUGCAGCUUCUCGUUACAUUUGCGUGGCUCCGUAGCGAACAAACUGUGACCAUGGUAACACGUUCGCUUGACGUCUCGAUACGAACAUCUGGAUAGGCACCCAUGCUGAUGUUGAAACUUGUGCCGUGAGCCGCCAAAACGGUGCCGAAGCGAGAGGCUGGUCGCCUGUGCAAGCCGAACGAACAACGAGCAGCACAAGGGCCUCAGGCCUUUUGAAACUUGCCCCAUGUCGUAUCCUUGGCAAUGUUUGCUUUUCAUCGAUCAAGCGCUGUGGGGCAGUGGAGACCAAUCAAAUGGGGAGAGUCUGGACUGCAGUGCAUGCCGGGGUAGCUGCGAGCUCCUUGUUAUCGAGGUUGUGGAAGACGGCUUCCUACCGAUCAAUGCAAGUCCAAUUGAGCGAAGCGCAGCUCCUCCUGUGGUCCCGGAAGUGCGCCAUGUCAUAUCUAUGGGCGGUCAGUGAGUUCAAUGGCAAGGUUCAGGUGAGAUUCG